CGCGCGCAUUAUGUUCACCCGAAGUGGGGAGAAACCAUCGGAUAGAAAACCGUAAGCUAGCAACGGAAAGAAUCAUUCCGUUUGCCGCUCGGAAAGUUGUGUGUAUCAAUCAGUUCUUCAGUACUUCAAUAUUACGCGCUUAUUUUGAUCAACUGCUAGGGAAAGUUUUUUAUAGUUGAUAUUGAGUUGUUUUUUAUUUUGUGCUUCUGUUUAUUCCUCAUGGCACUUACGAUGACCCUUGGACACCAGAACAAGAUGUACAACGUUAUUCAACAUUCCGCACCGCAAAAUAAUUGUGUUAUAGUUUCGCAGCCCGCAACAAAGAGUGUGAUUACUAGUAAACGACCCUUGGCCCCGGCUCCAGAGAGAAGUUCGGUUUUGGUUGCGAAUAACAAUGACUUACGCUGCAAAAGAAAAAUUCAGUUCAUGCCUUAUGGAACGCCUCCUCAACAACCUGCAUCAGUUGCGAGAAGAAAUGCACGUGAGAGAAACCGUGUUAAGCAAGUCAACAAUGGAUUUGCCACUCUUCGUUCACACAUACCCCCGAGUGUUGCUCAAGCUUUGACGCCACAGUCGACCUCACAGGGAAGAGGUGCUUCCAAAAAACUAAGUAAAGUGGAAACAUUGAGAUUAGCGGUUGAAUAUAUCAGGUCACUUCAACAGAUGAUUGAGGAUCAUGAAAAUGAGAUGACGAAUAAUGGAUCUAUCGGUAGCGACAAUCAUUCCAUAACUGAAAAUAGAUAUUAUACCAGUAGUCCCAACUCCAGCCAAAUUUACUCAACGUCUUACCCUGUGUUAUUACCUACCCCAACGUGUUCUGAAGCCUCUCCGUCUCCAACACCAUCACACAGUUCUGAAGGUUCCUUUUCGACAACUCAAAGUUAUUCGAAUGCACUUUAUCACCACACUGAAAAUUACGAGAAUUACGACCCGAAAAGUCCAGAAGACGAAGAACUUCUUGAUGCUAUUUUCUCGUGGCAGCAAGAAUAACGCAUAUUUUAAAGAUUUUCCAAGGCCAGUGGAUGAAUCUAAUCAAAAAUUGCCUUACAACAAGAAACUAUGUGCCUUUUCAUUCCAUGGAGUGAUAUUUUCCACUUUUUAAAGAAUCUCAAGAGUUUAUCAGUUGUUUUUCUAGUCAUUGUUUAUAUUUAUAAGACUGUACAUAUUGUUAAUAUUAUAGUUUUUAAGGACCUAUUAGGAUUAUUUUGUUGAACAUUGUCCAAUAAAUCGUUAUGCAAUAUACUCGGAAAAUUCUGGUAUUUUGCUGUAUUCAUGCUCUCUACAUAAAUGUUGCUAUUCAAAUGAAUUGGAAUAAAAUUAUUUUGAAAUUGUCGUUAUUGCGUUAAGUGCUAGUUAUUGUAAGUACUUUCCGAAGCCAGUGCGUUAUACUUUCCAUAAGUUUUGUAUAUACAUAUAUAUUAUUUUUGAUAAAUGAAAAUGCAUUUUGCAACUUUUGUACUGAUUCAAUAAAAUGAUAAUUUUAAA